AUGGAAAUUGCUGCCUGUCCAAAAGUUCUUCUACUCGACGAGCCAACAUCGGGUUUAGAUACAGUAGCAUGUGAUGAUCUAUUCGACUUGUUACAAUUGAUAAAACAUAGUGCAGCUGGACCAGUAACCAUUAUUAUGGUCAUUCAUCAACCAAGUCAAGAAUUAUACGAAAAAAUUGAUGAUAUUUUCUUUUUGACUCCGUUAUGUUGUUUGGCUUAUCAAGGUCCACGAGAACAAGCAAAAGAAUAUUUGGAAAAAAUCAUCUUUUCUGAUUCACAACAGCGUCCUCCACCUCGCCACAACGAUUGCGAUACUUGUUUUAUAAUGCUUACGAAAGCACAGAAUCAUAUCGAUAAUUAUUCAGUAGAAAGAAAAAGAAGCAAGCAGACACUUGCUAUAAUAUCAUGUAAUAAACGAGCCUGGUUACCAUUCUAUUAUGUAAUGUCACGUUCGGUACUGCAGAAUUAUAUACGUAGUGCCAUUGCUGAAGCCACCUAUUUAUUUUCUUAUUUUUUACUUGGCGCCUGUCUCGGUUAUUUAUUCGAAAAUAAACAACAAGGCACGUGUGAUAUUCAAGUUUUGCCUACAAUCUAUUUUCUCAUUACAUUGGCUUUCGGCAUUUUGACAUGUAUAUCUAGUCAACGUCUGUUUGGUAUCGAGAUAACUGAUCGAACUUACGAACGAGAAAGUCGAAGUUAUUUUCAUCCAUUUCAAUAUUGGCUUGCAAAGAGUUUGGUUGAUACUUUUCGAUUGAUCUUAUAUCCACUACUCUUUCUAAGUAUGCUUUAUAUUGCAAUUGUUCCACGCGGUCCGUUUUCGUACUAUCUCAGCGUGAUGAUACUUCUUUCAUUUGUUUGCUCAGGCAUUGGCCAAUUAACUUCAGUGAUUUUCAAUCGCACUGAAUUCGCUUAUCUUGCCGGUACCAUUAUUGCUCUCGUAUCCUGUCUCUUGUCAGGCUUUAGUCCAACCAAGAGUGAGCUUGGUCAUGGAAGUUUUAUCGUAACUCUUUCUUUUUCACGGCAUAUACAAAAUUUACUAUUUCGUCACGAAACGACACAGUACCUCAAAGGAGGUACUAAUAGCACGGAAUUUUUUUCACAUCAAAUACAAGAUUUAUUAUUUCGUCACGAAGCGACAUUUUACGCUAACAAAGCUCCUAACAGCACGCAACAUUUAUGGUCAACUUCGGUUGAUGGUCUUCGAACUUAUUAUUCGUUUAGCGACAGUGAAAAUCCAUAUUUUUGGCUUAUCUUCAUGGGAUUAAUUUUUCGUGCACUCACCUUUUUAUUUCUCUAUGGUAAAUCAGAAUAUAGGUCACAAGCUCGCUACAGUAUGACACAUAUUCGGCGCACGUUAAAGUGUUUAUUCAGUUGCGAGCCAUGUCGCAAAGACUAG